AUGGAUCCCACACAGAAAAAGCAGCUCAAAUCCACCCCCUCCACCACCACCACCAAGCCCCACCCAUUUCCAGAUCCCACCACCACCACUAUCCAAAAGAACAUGUCUCAUCACUUUUCCAAGCCUUGUGCAAAUCACAAAAAGCUUGCUUCCUUGAUACCCUCCAGUGGGCACUCAAAAAAAUCUCAACACGACACAAAUUUCCAAGCCAAAUGCAUUUCGGUUCCCUCAGUUUUGGACACCUCUUGCACCACUUUAACCAAGUCUAAGAGCCAAAAUGAGAGAAAUAAUGUGUUUGAAGAGUUCAACACAAGAACCAAGGUUAAAGAGAAGUUCAAGAAUAUUAGUGAAAUCAAGAAACCGUCAAAGAAAGAUGUACCAAAAAAAUCUUGUUGUGAAUCCCAAUUGAAGCCAACAAGUUUAUUAGAAAGUGAAAAAAUUAUGAAGAGAUUUCAACAAGGGUUUGAAAUGAGAAGGUCAUCUAUAUAUUCAUUGCCAAUGAAUGGAGGGACAAGAAGGUCAUUUUGCAGUUCCCCUGUAGAGUUGGCUGAUUUCUUAUCUUGUAAUGGUGUUAAGGUUGUGGCUGUUGAUAUGCCCCCAUUCAUGCAGAUUCAUGCUGUGGAUUGUGCAAGAAAGACUCAUGAUAGCUUGGAAAAGUUCACUUCCAAGGCCCUUGCCCUUGCACUAAAAAAGGAGUUUGAUGGGGUGUAUGGACCAGCUUGGCAUUGCAUUGUAGGGACAGGUUUUGGGUCUUUUGUAACUCAUUCGGUGGGUGGAUUCAUCUAUUUUUCUAUGGAUCAUAAGUUAUAUGUCCUCUUGUUCAAGACUACUGUACAGAGAGCAGAUUGA